AUGACUUUAGACGAGAGGUGGACAUUCAGGAAUCAUUUUCAAAACAUGAUUAAUAAAGGACGCAGAGUAUUGGCAGCGCUGGCACGGAUUAUGCCGAAUCUAGGUCGUCCUAAGGAAAGGCGAAGACAGCUCUACCUACACGUUCUCCAUGUCGUAAUUCUAUAUGGCGCCCAUGUGUGGGCGGAUGAGUUUGUCCGUGACAAGAAGGCGAUGUCACAGUGCCGUAGGAUUCAUAAGCAAAUAACGGCUCGGGUUAUUUGUGCGUAUCGCAUAGUUUCGGCGGACGCUGCUCUGCUUCUUGCUAGGGCGCCACCUUUCGAGCUGCUCGCUAGAGAACGAACGAUGGUUUAUGAGAAGCUGCGCGCGGAAGGAGAUAUCGUUGACUACAACGGUUGA